CACGCUCCCCCAGAAAAGUGAAACGUUUUCUAACGAUAGACACCGAAGUCCAAGCCUGGGAUCAGGAUGAAAAGGAACAGAGAAUUUCGGAUAACAUGACCCAUGUCCGAAAAAUGGUCGAAGAAAUGGUGAAGCAAACUGCCGCCAUGACAGAGACCACCGAUCUAUACAAGUCACGCAGUAGGACCAACACUUUGUAUCAAUUGUAUUACCCACAGACGAUUACUGACUUUCUUGACAAUGAAAUAUAGCCCAAAUGCUGGAAGAGAACCAAACUAAGCUCCUACACCAAAAUGCGGACUUACGGGUCGAACUUGAGACCACAAAAAAUUCGUUGACAAAUACUGAAUUAAAGUUGAAAGAUCUAUGUCGUGAGCAAGAAAUUGCGCUUAGUGAACUUGCAACCCAGCACCGAAACCAGUCCGAGAGUAUACGUCAAGAUGCUCAGGCUGAAAUCGCCGCACUUAUGCAACAGCACCGAGCCGAGCUUGCCGAGACAAGACACAGAUUCGAAGCCGAACUAGAGCUAGAGCGGCAGCUGAGAGCACAGGAACUAGAACAGGUCGCUGCUCAGUCGUCCCUGGACAAGCAACGCGACCAGCUUGAUUUAAACAACAAGGACCGAGAGAUACAAGAUCUACUCACCCAGCAACACAGGCUGCAGGAUGAUCUUGCGCGGGAGCGUGCCCUUAACAAGGAAUUACAACAAAGUUCCAUUGUGAAUGCCAAUAAUACUAUUACCCUAGAAUCAUCUAUCCGCGCACUCAAAGCAAGAAUCGAGUUUCUGGAGUCGGGGAGCAAGGAACAAUCAGACGCAUUUGCAAAGCUUGAUGAAGAACUUCGUGCGGCACUAGAAGAGACCAAUGCCACAAAGGCACAGCUACGGAAGGAAGAAACUCUUCGACGAAGACUACAUAACCAGAUUCAAGAACUAAAAGGAAAUAUCAGGGUUUUUUGUCGGGUCCGGCCAGUGCUAGCCAGCGAUUCGAGUGAAAACACUGCCAAGAUAUCUUUCCCUGACCAAGAUAUGGAUUGCAGAGAGAUCACAGUUCAAGGGCCGGAAGAGAAAUCAAGUCUAGGCUUAAUCAGUGCAAAGAACCAUUCAUUCACAUACGACCAUGUUUUUGGGCCGAGGUCGCAGAAUGCAGAAGUAUUCGAAGAAAUUAGCCAACUCGUUCAAAGUGCCUUGGAUGGUUAUAAUGUCUGCAUAUUCUGUUACGGCCAAACAGGGAGCGGUAAAACGCACACCAUGUCUUCUGAAGACGGUAUGAUACCUCGUGCUGUUCGCCAGAUAUACGACACCGCCCACGGCCUCGAGGAAAAAGGCUGGCAGUAUACAAUGGAGGGAAGCUUCGUCGAGGUAUACAACGAAAACAUCAAUGAUCUCCUGGGAAAAGCUGAAGAGUUUGAUAAGAAGAAACACGAAAUUAGGCACGAUCUCCAAAAAUGCCAAACCACUGUCACCAAUGUCACCACAGUCAGCCUCGACUCGCCCGAAAAGGUGGAGUCGAUCCUUCAAAGAGCUUGGGCAAAUAGGUCUGUUGCUGCCACCAAGGCUAAUGAACGCUCGUCUCGCUCUCACUCCGUCUUCAUCCUCCGGCUCGUAGGCGACAACUCAAUAACUGGAGAGCACAGUGAAGGCAAUCUGAACCUGGUUGAUCUUGCGGGAAGUGAGCGUCUUAGCCACAGUGGCAGUACCGGCGACAGGCUCAAGGAGACCCAAAACAUCAAUAAGAGUCUCAGCUGUCUCGGAGAUGUUAUUAGCGCUUUGGGACAGGGUAAGGAGGGUACUCAUAUUCCGUAUAGAAACAGCAAGCUUACCUACUUGCUCCAAUUCUCCUUGGGCGGCAAUUCCAAAACACUCAUGUUCGUUAUGGUUAGUCCGCAACAGGAUCACCUCAGCGAGACCCUCACCAGCCUGAAAUUUGCUGCAAAGGUCCAAAAUACCCAUGUCGGCACCGCAAAACGACAAACACGUAUGCGUGAUUUGUGAUAAGCCCAGGAGUUCAUCAUCUUCCCGGCCCGAGGGAGAAUUUUUUUUGGAAUGUGAGAGGUGCAUUAUUCGGUUUUUAUCUUCGGUAUGAUGGAAUGAAGGAUAAGGAUUCUUUUAACGAACCCGGCGUUCGUAUGAUCAUCCCAUCUCAUCCUUGUUAGUUGGAAGCAGGGGUUUGGGCUUGGGACAUUGGUGUCCCGUUGUUUGUUUAUAAUAAAUACUUAAAUGUGUAUUUUGGUGGCUAUUUGGUAUGGCGUUAGGAGAAGUUUUUGACGACUGCAAUGACAACCAUACUUACUAUAUUAUAUAUAUGGGAAAAGACUGGAAUAUUCCUACACUCAGUCCACUAACUAGGAAUCUCGGCAGUUCUACUUCAGGCCAUUAUUGCCCUGGAUCAUUUAAACAUCCUACCCGGCAGUUGUUAAAUCCUGCGAGAAACAACAAUUUCAGCUACGAAGAUCAUCCCUAGGGAUCACUUCCGUGACACCCACUACUUCUACAGAGUAUCGAAAGUCGCAUAGAGCGAAAGAUAGAUCUCUGAGUAAUGCUGGCCAGGGUCGAUCAAGCAUUGUGGAUUACGUUCAGCAUCAGAGACAGCUAGCUUCAGGUUGACGCAGUGGUGGUGGAUGCUGCUGGGAGGCUGGAAUCUCCCACUGUUUUAGCCAGCUAGUGCUGAUUCAGAAAAGGACUAACCAGGUACCCUUUCGACCCACGAGAUAAUUCCAGACAUAGUCGGAUACUUCGACGGCACAUGACAAUUGAAGGCAGAUAGAAAACAAUCACCGAUCAAGCGGUCAUUAUCUCGUUUUUCCCCUAACUUCCCCCGGAUUUUAUCAAACGGCCUUCGGUUGUUAAGUUUGAGCGGUUCAAUAAACCCCAGAUUUGCUUAAAAGAUUGGUAUUGAUCUUACGGCCGACUUACUCGACGGCUCUAAACAUAGAGCUGGGAGGAACGAAUACCGUCAAAUGGAGAACUGGCGGAGGAUAUGCGCCCGUUUCUGCUCUCAAGUUUUUCUUUUAGUCGUCUUUCUCCAGGCUGAAGGCAGGGUAUCCAUUUUUUAAAACUGGGCCUGGCUCUGGAAUAGGCAAAGGAGCAGCAGAUAAGGGGCUGAAAGUGAUGGCUUUGCUUUUCUGUCUGUGGAUCUGGCCUGCGCAAGAAAAAAAACUCAUCCUCCAACUGGCCUUUGUUACGAUCACAGCGCGAGAUUUGGACGUUCCUCCUAGUCUCUUCCAUUUCCUUUGUGGUGCCAUGUGCUAAUCUGCCUUUUCAUGGAAGGGUUUAAUCCGCGAACCGAGGGAGGCCAUCGGGGCAUCUCCG